GCUGGGCAAAGGAAGAGAGUUGCGCGUCCUAGAGAGCCCGCUGAGAAGGAAGGCUGGCCCUGCAAGGAGAAACUUCCCGUCCCGUCUGGCUUUUCUCGCCAGCAGCACCAGCAGCAGCUUCUUGGGAGAAGAAUCCGGGAGAACCUGGGGUAUGAAUGUGAACUAUAUGCUUGUCUGGGAAUGACAAUUACUUUCUGAAGCACCAGCAAACUUGCCUUGGCCUUGUGUGACUAAGAGGUGGAUUUAUCACAUUCUUCUUGAACUGGGCAGCAAAGUAGCAUUAGAGGAAGAAGAGCUUUUGGAUGUGAUGGGAGCUUAAGCUGAGCUUAGUGAGACCAUGGAUGUGCCAAGCCCAGCGAACAGUGCAUCAGGGAAGGGAACAGAAAAAGGCCCUCCAGCUACCCAGUCUGGCAAUGAUAAUGGAUUCUGGGGGGAAACUGUGCAGAAGAUCUUGGGAGGAGACACAUCGAGCUCAGAUGUCCAGGUCAGGAAAUUCAGAGAGUUCGUCUACCAGGAAGUUGAAGGGCCCCGAGAGGUUUGCAGCCGACUCCACCACCUUUGCCAGCAGUGGCUGCAGCCAGAGAGACACACAAAAGCUCAGAUUCUGGACCUGGUGAUCCUGGAGCAGUUCCUGACCAUCCUGCCCCCAGAGAUGGAGAGCUGGGUGAGGGAAUGCAGAGCGGAGACCAGUUCGCAGGCGGUGGCCCUGGCAGAAGGUUUCCUCCUGAGCCAGGCAGAGGAGAAGAAGCAGGAAGAGCAGCAGACAGAUGGGAUGUUAACCCAAGCAGCCCCUGAGCUCCAAGUUUCCAAGAGGGUGACCUGUCAGAAGCUGCUGUUCAGAGGGAUUGUGCAGAGGAGAGACGGAGGCCCCAUUGUGCUGGGCAGUGAAAUGACGCUGGCGACUCCUCCUGGACCUUCUCCUCUUGGUGGUGGAGUGGAAACUGUUGCUGUGCACUCACCAGAUCAGGAGUCUGUGAGCUUGGAGGAGGUGGCUGUGUGUUUCUCCGAGGAGGAGGCUGCUCUGCUGGAUCCAGGCCAAAAGGCUCUGCACAGGGAAGUCCUGGAGGAGAUUUCUGGGCAUCUGGCCUUUCUGGGUGAUUGGAGGGAGGGAGAGAAACCGGCCGAUGGAGCGAGAAGGAGAACCGAAGGGAGCCAGACGUGGAGGCAGACUAGUCCUUCCGAAGGGCCAGACUUGCAUUCCAUCCCAAUCCCAGGAGAAUGCCACAAGGGAAGCAGCAGGAAUGAGAUCCCUCAGGAUGUAGAAUCCUUGACUAGUCAGCCACAUCUGAGUAGACGUCCCAGAAUCCACACAGUUUAUAAACCCUAUAAUUGCUCAGAGUGUGGAAAGAGCUUCAGUUGGAAGACAGCGCUUAUUUCCCAUCAAAUAAUCCACACAGCAGAGAAGACUUUUAAAUGUUCGGAAUGUGUAAAAAGCUUCAGUCGGGGUUACCAGCUUACUAUGCAUCAAAGAGUCCACACAGGAGAGAAACCGCAUACCUGCUCAGAGUGUGGAAAGAGAUUCAAUCGUAAGGAAAUAUUUACUUCCCAUCAAAGAGUCCACACAGGGGAGAAACCAUAUUCCUGCUCGGAGUGUGGAAGUAGUUUCAGUCAUAAGACAACACUUACUUACCACCAGAGAAUCCAUACAGGAGACAAGCCAUAUUCCUGCUCAGAGUGUGGAAAGAGCUUUAGUCAAAACCUACAACUUACAUUGCAUCAAAGAUACCACACAGAAAGGAAACCAUAUGCCUGCUCGGAGUGUGGAAAGAGCUUUAAUCAGAAGUCAGGACUUACUAACCAUCAAAGAAUCCACACAGGAGAGAAACCAUAUGCCUGCUCAGAGUGUGGAAAGAGCUUUAAUCAGAAGUCAGUACUUACUGUCCAUCAAAGAAUCCACACAGGGGAGAAACCAUAUACCUGCUCAGAGUGUGGAAAGAGGUUCAGUCAGAAGUCAAAGCUUACUAACCAUCAAAGAAUCCACACAGGAGAGAAACCAUAUACCUGCUCAGAGUGUGGAAGGAACUUCAGUCAGAAGGAAGUUCUUACUGUCCAUCAAAGAAUCCACACAGGGGAGAAGCCAUUUAAAUGCUUUGAAUGUGGAAAGAGCUUCAGUGAGAAGGGAAAACUUACUUACCACCAGAGAGUCCACACAGGAGAGAAACCAUAUACCUGCUCAGAGUGUGGAAAGAGCUUUAGUCAAAACCUACAACUUACAUUGCAUCAACGAAACCACACAGGAAGGAAACCAUAUGCCUGCUCGGAGUGUGGAAAGAGCUUUAAUCAGAAGUUAGGACUUACUGUCCAUCAAAGAGUCCACACAGGGGAGAAACCAUAUACCUGCUCAGAGUGUGGAAAGCGGUUCAGACAGAAGUCACAGCUUACUAAACAUCAAAGAGUCCACACAGGAGAGAAACCAUAUUCCUGCUCGGAGUGUGGAAGGAGCUUCAGUCAGAAGGAAGGUCUUACUGUCCAUCAAAGAAUCCACACAGGUGAGAAGCCGUUUAAAUGCUCAGAAUGUGGAAAGAGCUUCAGUCAGAAGAGAGCACUUAUUUCUCAUCAACGAGUCCACACAGGAGAGAAACCAUAUACCUGCUCAGAGUGUGGAAGGAGCUUCAGUCAUAAGCCAACACUUACUUACCACCAGAGAGUCCACACAGGAGACAAGCGAUAUUCCUGCUCAGAGUGUGGAAAGAGCUUUAGUCAAAACUUACAACUUACAUUGCAUCAAAGAAAUCACACAACAAGGAAACCAUAUGCCUGCUCAGAGUGUGGAAAGAGCUUUAAUCAGAAAUCAGGACUUACUGUCCAUCAAAGAGUCCACACAGGAGAGAAACCCUAUACCUGCUCAGAGUGUGGAAAGAGGUUCAGUCAGAAGUCAAAGCUUACUGACCAUCAAAGAAUCCACACAGGAGAGAAACCAUAUACCUGCUCAGAGUGUGGAAAGAGCUAUAAGAGCCCUUCAUAUCUUACUGGCCAUCAAAGAAUCCACACAGGAGAGAAGCCAUUUAAAUGCUCAGAAUGUGGAAAGAGCUUCAGGCAGAAGGGAACGCUUAUUUCCCAUCAAAGAGUCCACACAGGAGAGAAACCAUAUACCUGCUCAGAGUGUGAAAAGAGCUUCAGUCACAAGGCAACGCUUACUAACCAUCAAAGAAUCCAUACAGGGGAGAAACCAUAUACCUGCUCAGACUGUGGAAAGAGCUUCAGGAAGAAGGGAAAGCUUAAUUCACAUCAAAUAGUCCACACAGGGGAGAAACCAUAUACCUGCUCAGAGUGUGGAAAGCGGUUCAAUCAGAAGUCAAAUCUUAAUAACCAUCAAAGAAUCCACACAGGAGAGAAACCACAUACCUGCUCAGAGUGUGGAAAGAGCUUCAGCUGGAAGGCAGUGCUUACUAAACAUCAAAGAGUACACACAGGAGAGAAACCAUAUUCCUGCUCAGAGUGUGGAAAGCAGUUCAGACAGAAGUCACAGCUUACUAACCAUCAAAGUAACCACACAGGAGAGAAACCACAUAGCUGCUCAGAGUGUGGAAAGCGGUUCAGUCAGAAGGCAAAGCUUACUACUCAUCAAAGAAUCCACACAGGGGAGAAACCACAUACCUGCUCAGAGUGUGGGAAGAGCUUCAUUUGGAAGGCAAUGCUUACUUACCAUCAAAGAAUCCACACAGGAGAAAAACCAUAUACUUGCUCAGAAUGUGGAAAGCGGUUCAUUCGGAAGUCACAGCUUACUGUCCAUCAAAGAAUGCAUACAGGGGAGAAACUAUAUACCUGCUCAGAGUGUGAAAGGCAGUUCAGUCGGAAGUCAUAUCUUACUGACCAUCAAAGAAUCCACACAGGGGAGAAACCAUAUACCUGCUCGGAGUGUGGAAAGUGGUUCAUUCGGAAGUCACAGCUUACUGACCAUCAAAGAAUCCACACAGGGGAGAAACCAUAUACCUGCUCAGAGUGUGGAAAGCGCUUCAGCAAUAAUGCAACACUCAGGUAUCAUAAGAAAGCCCACACUGGAGAUAUACCAUAUACCUGCACAGAGUGUGGAAAGAGCUUCAGCCAUAAGUCAGGAUUUACUUCCCAUCAAAGAGUCCACACAGGAGAAAAACCAUAUUCCUGCUCAGAGUGUGGAAAGAGCUUCAAUCAUAAGACAACACUUACUUACCACCAGAGAGUCCACACAGGAGACAAGCCAUAUACCUGCUCCGAGUGUGGAAAGAGCUUUAGUCAAAAUCUACAACUUACAUUGCAUCAAAGAAAUCACACAACAAGGAAACCAUAUGCCUGCUCAGAGUGUGGAAAGAGCUUUAAUCAGAAGUCAGGACUUACUGUCCAUCAAAGAGUCCACACAGGAGAGAAACCAUAUACCUGCUCAGAGUGUGGAAAGACCUUCGGUUGUAAGUCAGGACUUGUUAAACAUCAAAAAGUCCACACAGGAGAGAAACCAUAUACCUGCUCAGAGUGUGGAAAGAGCUUCAGUCACAAGGCAACGCUUACUAACCAUCAAAGAAUCCAUACAGGGGAGAAACCAUAUACCUGCUCAGACUGUGGAAAGAGCUUCAGGAAGAAGGGAAAGCUUAAUUCACAUCAAAUAGUCCACACAGGGGAGAAACCAUAUACCUGCUCAGAGUGUGGAAAGCGGUUCAAUCAGAAGUCAAAUCUUAAUAACCAUCAAAGAAUCCACACAGGAGAGAAACCACAUACCUGCUCAGAGUGUGGAAAGAGCUUCAGCUGGAAGGCAGUGCUUACUAAACAUCAAAGAGUACACACAGGAGAGAAACCAUAUUCCUGCUCAGAGUGUGGAAAGCAGUUCAGACAGAAGUCACAGCUUACUAACCAUCAAAGUAACCACACAGGAGAGAAACCACAUAGCUGCUCAGAGUGUGGAAAGCGGUUCAGUCAGAAGGCAAAGCUUACUACUCAUCAAAGAAUCCACACAGGGGAGAAACCACAUACCUGCUCAGAGUGUGGGAAGAGCUUCAUUUGGAAGGCAAUGCUUACUUACCAUCAAAGAAUCCACACAGGAGAAAAACCAUAUACUUGCUCAGAAUGUGGAAAGCGGUUCAUUCGGAAGUCACAGCUUACUGUCCAUCAAAGAAUGCAUACAGGGGAGAAACUAUAUACCUGCUCAGAGUGUGAAAGGCAGUUCAGUCGGAAGUCAUAUCUUACUGACCAUCAAAGAAUCCACACAGGGGAGAAACCAUAUACCUGCUCGGAGUGUGGAAAGUGGUUCAUUCGGAAGUCACAGCUUACUGACCAUCAAAGAAUCCACACAGGGGAGAAACCAUAUACCUGCUCAGAGUGUGGAAAGCGCUUCAGCAAUAAUGCAACACUCAGGUAUCAUAAGAAAGCCCACACUGGAGAUAUACCAUAUACCUGCACAGAGUGUGGAAAGAGCUUCAGCCAUAAGUCAGGAUUUACUUCCCAUCAAAGAGUCCACACAGGAGAAAAACCAUAUUCCUGCUCAGAGUGUGGAAAGAGCUUCAAUCAUAAGACAACACUUACUUACCACCAGAGAGUCCACACAGGAGACAAGCCAUAUACCUGCUCCGAGUGUGGAAAGAGCUUUAGUCAAAAUCUACAACUUACAUUGCAUCAAAGAAAUCACACAACAAGGAAACCAUAUGCCUGCUCAGAGUGUGGAAAGAGCUUUAAUCAGAAGUCAGGACUUACUGUCCAUCAAAGAGUCCACACAGGAGAGAAACCAUAUACCUGCUCAGAGUGUGGAAAGACCUUCGGUUGUAAGUCAGGACUUGUUAAACAUCAAAAAGUCCACACAGGAGAGAAACCAUAUACCUGCUCAGAGUGUGGAAAGAGCUUCAGUCAUAAGUCAGGGCUUGUUGUCCAUCAAAGAGUCCACACAGGAGAGAAACCAUAUACCUGCUCAGAGUGUGGAAAGUGCUUUAGUCAAAAUGUAAACCUUACAUUUCAUCAAAGAAUCCACACAGUUUAGAGGCCUUUUAAAUGCCUUUAAAUGUGGAAAAUGUUUUACUCAAGUUGUCGGGCUUACUGUCCAUCACCGAAUCUUCACAGGAGAGAAACCAUAUACCUGGUUAAGAAAGUGGAAAGAGCUUAAGUUGGAGCAAAAAUCUCAAAUUGCCUCCAAGAUUCCACAAAGGGGAAAAGUGGAGUGGCUGUUCCCAGACAUUCAAAGUCUCAACAGAAUGUGGGAACCAACACUGUAGACCCCUUUUCAACAAAGGAAUGUUACUGCCGUGUUGGACACACUGAGAUGGGAGUGGGGAGUUAGAAGGAUUUCUUUGGACAGAUUUGUGUGAUGAAGGCCAGAGGCAUGAGAUGUCCCAUUCCUUCUACUUUCGGUGUGUACUUUUUGAUUGGGCUAAUUGGGCUGUUCUUGCUAGCUUGGAAACUAACUAGAACGGGGGGUGGAUUUUUUUCUUGAAUUGGACUUGUACACCUAGGCAAAUACAGGCACUGUGUUCACUCCAUUUGACAGUCCCACUCUUUGUGGGCUUUUAAUGCUUUGAUUUUGAACCUUUUGCAAAUAUCAUUAUUAUUAUUAUUUCCAUUUUAUAUCCCGCCCAGAGCGGUACACUACAUACUUAGGUUUCUCUUCACAACAACCCUGUGAAGUAGAUUAGGCUGAGAGAGAAGUGAAUGGCCCAGAGUCACCCAGCUAGUAUCAUGGCUGAAUGGGGAUCUGAACUCGAGUCUCCCCGGUCCUAGUCCAGCACUCUAACCACUACACCACGCUGGCUUAUUAAUUAUUAUUAUUAUUAUUCUAUUGCUUUGUAGAAUCCUUGUUGUAUCUAAUAAAGACUUUGUUAGAAGCCCAA